GUUUACGGCACCUAACAUACGACAAAAGAAGCAGGAGGCUAAGGUAGCCAGCCACCAUAUCCACCGCCGCCACUCAAAACUCUCUCUCUCUCUCUCUUUAUAUGUUUCUUGCUCUCUCUUUUAUCACUAUACCUCUUUUUCUUGAAAAUCUUUGAAUCUCUCUAUCUAAAUAUACAAGAAGUUCCAUUUCUUGAUUUUCCAUGGAGAACUACACUUCUUUUUUUCAGCUUUCAUCUUCACCACCGCAUGCCGCGGCCAGUUCUUCUUCCAUGUCUUUAAACAUGGGAAGUAGUAAUAAUUCUAGUUAUGGUUUCACUGACUAUUUCCAAGUAAAUAGUAAAGAAAAUGGGUUAUUGGGAUUGAUGCAAGAAGUGGAAGCUGUUGAUCGUCCUUUGAUGUUAGGUGGCAGCGGAGGCGGCCACGGUGGCGGUUUAAAUGGUAAUCAUAGUAGUAUAUCUUCUGAACAUGAGAAUAAUAAGAGUAAAAGGUUUGGUUCAGGGAGUGAAAAUGAAGAGAAAUUAUUAGGGAUAGGGAAAAAGAUUAGUAGUAACAGCAAAGGAGAAAAGAAAAUAAAAAAGCCUAGAUAUGCUUUUCAAACAAGGAGCCAAGUUGAUAUUCUUGAUGAUGGUUAUAGAUGGAGAAAAUAUGGCCAAAAAGCUGUGAAGAACAAUAAAUUUCCCAGAAGCUACUAUAGGUGUACUCACCAAGGGUGCAAUGUGAAAAAGCAAGUUCAAAGAUUGACAAGAGAUGAAGGAAUUGUUAUAACAACAUAUGAAGGAAUGCAUUCCCAUCCAAUUGAAAAAUCUACUGAUAAUUUUGAGCAUAUUUUGACCCAAAUGCAAAUCUACACUAAUUCCUUUUAAUUGAAACAAGUCAAUGUAUUUCUUGUAUAUUAUUUAUUUUUUUAUGCACUUCCUAGAUAAAAAAAAAAAAAUCUCAAUAAUAAUGUAAUACUUGUUUUAUUGUAAUUUUCCUUAAUUUCUUGCUAGGUGAAAAAAUUGGUAUAGAAUAUUUUUUAUU